AAAAAAACAAAAACGGGUAUAUGACACCAUUCCUUAACAAAACUCUGAUCCUGUCAAAGCCCCCUCCAUCAAUCAGAAUUGACGAGAUACAAUCAUGACCACUACCACAAAUCAGAAUGUGGAGUUUGUAAGGACUGGCUAUGGGAAGAAUAUGGUGAAAGUUCUACACAUUUGCCGUGAAGGAACUCAUCACCACAUUACUGAACUUAUCGCAGAUGUUGAGUUAACACUGAAGACUCGCAAAGACUACCUGACAGGAGACAACUCUGACAUCAUCCCCACUGACACCAUCAAAAACACUGUCCAUGCCCUUGCUAAACUAAAGGGAAUUAGGGACAUUGAGAGCUUUGCUCUGGAUAUCUGUGAACAUUUCCUCACAGCGUUCAAGCAUGUCACAAGAGUGAGGGUCAAAAUUGAUGAAGUUCCCUGGAAAAGACUGGAAAAGAAUGGAGUGGAGCACACACAUGCUUUCAUCAACUUUCCUGUGGCUUGGCACUUCUGUGAGGUCGAGCAACAUUUGAAUAUGAGUCCAGUGGUUCACAGUGGUCUGAGAGAAAUGAAGGUACUGAAGACCACUCAGUCUGGAUUUGAGGGCUUCCUGCAGGACCGUUUCACCACUCUGACUGCGACAAAGGACAGAUUCUUCUGCACUUCUGUUUAUGCUAAAUGGCGCUACAACACGGUGAAUGUGGCAUUUGAUGCUGCUUGGAAAACUGUGAGGGACACCAUCAUUGAAAAGUUUGCUGGACCCUAUGAUCAUGGGGUAUAUUCUCCUUCUGUUCAGAAAACUCUGUAUGAUACACAACUCCUAGUGCUUGACAGAAUUCCAGAGGUUGAGGAAAUUGAAAUAAUUAUGCCAAACCAGCAUUAUUUCUUAAUAGACAUGACGAAAAUGGGACUCUCAAACAAGGAUGAGGUGUACCUACCUCUUGAUAAUCCAUCAGGAAGUAUCUCAGGCACAGUGGGACGAAAACCAAGAGCCAAACUCUGAAGACAAACAACAUACACCAAGAAACUCUACAAAAGCUGGUAUAAACAAAACAAAUAAAAACCAACAAAAAAUAAAGUGUGGGUUUGUGUAUACAUCACUUGUGUGUACUGUAGGGCUGUAAAAUAAGUGCAUGCAUUGAUUGAGCCAUUGUAUGUAUAUGUAAUGAAAGUUAAACAAUAAAAUCAGUGUAAUCACUUUCA